CUACUUUAAUUGUUUCGCAAACCGGCCGGUUUAAAUUGAGUGGCCGAUCUAAAUCCGAACACUUAAACCAAAACCUAAAUCCGGUUUAAGUUGACUGUACAUUUGUCACCUCUUCUUCUUCACCAACUAACCCCAUUUCUGCUUCUUCUUCUGCUUAGAGACAGAGAAAUAGAGAGAGAUCGCGUCGGCACAAUCUGCAAUUUCCAACAUCGACAUGUUUAACUCUACAGCGUUGGUGAUUUUCGCCAUUCUUUUCCUCUUAAUCUCCGCCGAUGCGUUCCCGAUUCCGUCUCCCAACGGAGAGAUCGACGCAAUGUUGAUCCGAAACAGUAUCAUCGGAGAAGAUGAAGAUCUAAUGCCAACUGAGAUCAGCCGGAGAGUACUGAUGGCGCAGAAACGGUACAUCGGCUACGAAACGCUAAGGAGAGACAUGGUUCCUUGUCAGAAACCAGGAGCUUCUUACUACGAUUGUCGCUCUGGACAAGCUAAUUCUUACAGCAGAGGCUGUGACACCAUUACCAGAUGCGCUAGAGACACAAACGACAUCAACACAUGAAGGUAAGAUCCAAGAAAUUGCCAAAAUUGGAAGCUUUUUGGCCGAGGCAAGUAAAUUAUAUGAUUAAGCUUUUGCAUUGCUGUUGUUAUAUAUGUGUUUUUGACAUAAGAAUUGUUAUAAUAUAUGUAACUCUGCCACUAGUUGGUUAUCAAUGUUCAAUUAUUGAGAUCUAUAAAUUAUAUUAAGUUUUUUUGGU